CUGGCGUCCUGGCACAUUCCGGCGUUCCGGUGGGCUCUGGCGUUCCGGCGGAUCCUGGCGUUCCGGUGGCGCCCUCCCCCAUUCCGGCGGUUCCUGGCGUCCCGGCGGAUCCUGGUGGCCCAGUCGGCGGAUUCCAGUUCGGCGGCCGCGUCCCAGCCAAAUUCGUAG